AUGGCAUCUAAAAUAAACACUGAUUUCACUUUGAUUCCCAACCAGAAAUAUAGACGUCGCAAUCGUCGUUCCAGCUACUUACCCAACAAUCUAGUCUCAGAUUCUCAGCCCUCAUCUACGCUUGGAAGUUUCAAUACCUUGCCACUGGAAGUAUUUCAAAUAAUUUUAAAAUACUUGUCAGUGAAGGAUAUCAGCAUGUUGAGUAUGGUGUCCAAAACUGUCAGCCAGAGCAUUAUUAAUUACAUCUCAACUUCAUCAGGAAGCAAAAGGCUGUUGCUCCAGAACUUCCAUACCCUUGAGCUGCGUGACGAGACGGAGAACUGUGCUAUCCUGGAGCACUACCGAUCUCUAGGUCUUCUGUUUAAAAGAUGUACACUGCUGUUGCCCACCAAAGAAAGAUUAAAGUACAUCCACAAGAUACUCAUAGAAAUUCCCUGUUUUAAAUUCAAUGGCUGUGCAGCUCCUAUACAAUGCUUAGGAUUGUCAUGUUACGGCAUGUUUUUACAGACCUUAACAGCAGGUUGGGAUGAUCUCGAGUGCCAUCGUGUGUUUAACUUCGUGUGUGAGCUGACUAACCUGUCCCGCAAGAUGCAGGCUGUUGUUUGCAGCAAACCAGGAAGUGCCCGAAAAUUGGAGUUAAGAAUCAGACUGUUCUGCAGGAAUGUUCUACUGGAUCACUGGUCUAGUCGAAGUGAUUCAGCUUUUUGGUUGACACGAAUAUUAAAGCCCUGGCCCAUGGUGAAUCAAGCAAGAUUACUGUAUAUCAUCUUUGGGCCGGUGUCUCCUCAUGAUGGACAGGUGUUUUGGCAGAAAAUGACAGAAGGACCUACGGAUGAAUCGAGUCUUAAAGGCCUGGCAGAUGCCAUUAAAUUACUGUAUGACGCAGGCACCAAGGAGUGGACAGCAGAUGACGUCAUCAGUCUCGUGGACGAGCUAUCGGUGGUUCCCCGUGAGUGGCUCCUAGAGAAUAAUGCACGACUUCUAAUCUUAAGUGGAAACAACAUCUGUUUCACUUUCAUGGCUAGUAAAGCUGUAAACGGACGGGCCCUUGAACUGUCAAGACUUAUAGUCUUUUUGGCUUUGGUGUGUGAGAAAGAGCUCUACUGCAUGGAUUGGGCAGUGAAAAUGAUGCAAAAAGUCUGUAAAGUUUUUAAUACUCCAGUGGAAAGAAAUAAUUUCCUGCAGAAUGUAGCCGGUGCAUUUGCAGGUAUUAUAAUGGAAAUGCUGCAAUCAAUUAUGUCUGGAGAUCAUGAUGAAGACAACAGAAGCUUUUUGAAUUUGUUCCAUCUUGUACAUGCUCAGGCUAACUUCCACAAGGAGGUCCUGUAUUUGACCAUGGGGGCUGUGUCUACCUAAAUACUCAACAAGCUUUUCCUUUAGAGAGUGUUUCUCUGAACUACCAACUAGAAGAUUGGUACUUGUUCACAUCCAAAGAAUAGCAUCCAUGGGACUUACCAUCUAAGUAACCUCAGAACAUGGCAGAGAAUCUGAGAAGUAACUGCUUGUGCUAUAAAAAAAUAACAGAUUGACCCAAGAACAUAUUCAGCUUUCUCUGAACUACAAGGUUGGCCUCUGCAGCUCAGCAAACCCAACAGCAAGCCAACAUGGACGUUAGCCAUCCCAGCGCCUGUGUGUGCCUUUGAAGACAGAGAAAAUCCUGUUUUGUAGUUGGCACUCAUCCCAUUCACUAACUAGCCUGUAUUUGUUCAUUUUGUUCAGAUUGUAGAGACACUUCCCAGAAUGUUUUGUUAAGAAUUACAGCAGGGUAUUUUUGUAAUGUACCAGAAUACAAAUCGCAUUCCUUACCACUUCCUUGGCAUAUGAUUAUGAAAGGCAUUACCUUUUGUUCAUUUUUUUUACAUGAACAAUUGGUUUUCCUUUAAAGCCCAAUGAAAGUAUAUGUAUUUGUAUAAACUGCAGACGCACAACAUUUACACAGUU